GAUUUAACUGCUUUUCAAAUGCAUCAACAGAGUCCAGGCAGCGAAUGGAAAGAGCCUAGGUGCUACUGCUUCAAAGGAGCGAUCACCUCGCGUCUUGAAAUGGGUUUUUGGGACCACGAGUAAUCCCACCUUCAUUUUGCACCACCCUCACACAUACGUCUCUGCCACUCCCAAGCUCGUCAUACAGUCCCACAGUUCCUCUCUUGGCACCGCAUCAUAAACUUACUCUAGAUCCACAAAGACACAGUGCAGCUCGUUCUUCUCUAUACUUCUCCAGCAGCAAUCUCAAAGCACAAACCACGUCUGUGGUAGCUUCGACAGCGCUUUCCUAUAUCUUAGUGUGGCUGAUCAACCGUUUUACCUCUGUAAUUACUACAGUGCAACACAAAAAUAAUAAUAACUUGUCUUAUUUUGAAAGCAAAUGGUCAUGUAGUCGAUUAAUGUUGACGUAUGGACAAAAACACAAGGUUGCAUAGCUCGCCUUGUUAUAGGACUUCCAUUCAUUGUAUACAGACUAACUGAGACAUAUGUUUUCCAUGUACACACUCACACACAGGUUUGUGCAGUUAUCGUUUUAAGUACAGCCAUACAAAGUGUUAUCCCUAAUCUUUCCCAUAAUCAGUUAAUGUCUAACCCUAACCUUAACCUACCCUAGCAUGAGGAAUCUUAGCUCUAAACCAUAGCAGAUCCUCAGAUCUUGUCUCAUUGGGACCAGGUGUUGGUCACCGUGAGAACUACUGAUCCUGACAAGACUGACCUCAGAUCUGCCUCAGCUGUGACUGUGAGCUUCCUGCCGCUGCUCUGCGUUCAGUCUCUUCAGUCCUGAACAGAGUUGAGGGCCUGCACACUGAUCUGCACACACUGGGAGUGGAAUGGAUUAAAGCCAUGGCAGACUGUAAUCAAAAGAACAUUAUGGCAGAGAGAAAUGUGCUACUGAAAAGUCUGAAACACCCGUUUCUGGUGCGACUUCACUACUCCUUCCAGACCUCAGAGAAACUCUACUUUGUCCUGGACUAUGUCAAUGGGGGAGAGUUGUUCUUCCACCUGCAGAAAGAGAGAUGUUUCUCUGAGCCCAGGGCGAGGUUCUACACCGCAGAGGUGGCGAGCGCUAUCGGCUACCUUCACUCUCUCAACAUUGUUUACAGAGAUCUGAAGCCGGAGAAUAUUCUUCUUGACUCUCAGGGCCAUGUGGUACUAACAGAUUUUGGGCUGUGUAAAGAGGGUGUAGAGCCGGAGGGAACCACCUCGACUUUCUGUGGGACUCCAGAGUACUUGGCUCCAGAGGUUCUUCGUAAGGAGCCAUAUGACAGGACAGUGGACUGGUGGUGUUUGGGAGCAGUGCUAUAUGAGAUGAUCUACAGUCUGCCUCCGUUCUAUAGCCGUGAUGUAGGUGAAAUGUAUGAUGGGAUCCUCCACAAGCCACUGUUGGUGCCUCCAGGAAAGUCUGCUGCCAUCAGCUCUCUGCUGGUGGGGCUUCUGCAGAAGGACCAGCACAGACGCCUCGGGGCCAUCGCUGACUUUUUAGAAAUAAAGAACCACAUCUUCUUCUCUCCAAUCAACUGGGACGACCUUUACCAUAAGAGAAUCACUCCUCCCUACAACCCUAAUGUGCAAGGCCCAGCUGACAUUCAGCAUAUUGAUCCAGAAUUCACCACAGAAAUGGUUCCUAACUCAGUGAGUCAGACCCCGGAGCUCAGCGCCAGCACCAGCUGCACCAACGCCUUCAACGGGUUUUCCUACGUCUCCAGCGAUGACAGCUUUCUGUGAGACGCAUUUCUUAUGACUUUUCAUCUCAUGGAAACGGUGGUAAACCAUUGCAGAUGCCAUGUAUCUAUCGCGUUGGACUUCUGCGGAAAUGUUCACACUGUCCCUCUGUGUAGUGUAGCAAAAGAAAGAAAGCUUUUAUUAAACAAAAUCUCUGCAGUUCAAAUACAGACAGAUAAAUAAUUACAGGAAAACAUAAAUGAAUGGUCUUAAUACACUGCCAAAACAAACUUACAGUAUUGGCACAGAUGCAACAAAUCUCUGGACUCCUGGAGAGAUUUAUUUUGGUGACAAUGGUGAAGUUGCUGUCAUAUCUGUUUGAUUGGGUUGAGAUCUAGUGAUUAUUAAAUGAUUCAAAUCUUGUUUAUACUCUUGAGUCCAUUUAGUGGCUUCUUGUACGCUUUGGAUCAGGUCAUUGCUGCUCAUGUUUCCGGUUUUUCCUUUAAUUUAUCACUUUAUCACACGUCUGUUUUUGCCCAGAUGCUUCCCUGCAGAAUUUUGCAAAAUAUGAAACACUCCUGAGCAUCUUUACAGUCACAUGUAAAGGAAUGAAUAAGAUGUAAUGGUGUGGUAUCAAUAGUUUCUAAACUUUCUAAACUCUAACACAACUCUGUCUUUGUGUAUUCAUGUGGACUUGCUGUCAUCUGAUCAGUUCCAAUGUGAACACAAAAUUUGUGACAUCCAGAAAAGCAUUAAAUACCUACUUUGUGUAUAAAUAUGUUUCAUUUCAAUGUUUGUUCAAUAAAUAUUAGAACUAAGAAACAAAGGUGGUGAAAAAAAACACUAAAAUUAUUAAGUCAGAUUUUGAAAGUAAGUCAACUACACUGCAUUGUGCACAUUAUGUGGUUCAUUAUGCAAUUUUAGUUCUGUUUUAAACUGCUUUGAAACUGAGAAAUAUCCUCACAUGAGUUUGUCUGAACAUUAUUAUCAUAGCCUUUAGAUAGCAGACAGUAAUGUUAGUUUUAUUUGUUUAUAUGCAACAGCAUAAAAUGAAAAUACUGUAUUUAACUUCUGUAAAUUUACAGAAGCAGCUUUGCAAUAGGAUUGUUGCUCUGGUGCGCAGACACUUUGUGUGUUUCUUUUUCCUUUUCUUUUUUAAAAAAAAUAAUAAUUUUGUCAAUCCUGCCUAGCACCCAAUGUUUAUUUAAUCUGGAUAUGUGAGCCUGUGCACACGUUCUGUAUCGUUUUUGCUAGUGUAAACCAUUAAGUGCCUUAGAAAUGAAGUUGGUGAUGGAUGGAGUUUGAUGUUGGCAGUGAAAAUGUACAUUUGAUCUUUUGUAGUUUUUAUUACAUCUCACAUAUAAUCUUGUUUUUGCAUCUGAUUUUAAAGAAGCAAUUCCUAUUUCUAUUUGCCAACUUAAAAAAUAUAUCUUAGUUAUGUUCAAAGUUGCAUACGUUCAAAAUGAUGAACAUAAAUGCCAUCGUGAUUUUUGCCUUCAGAAACUGUAAUCAUGUAUUCUAAGUCGUCGUUCCUUGACUGACAAAACAACCUGUAAACAGAAGCUCUGAUGUCAUGCUGCCAGCAAGCAGUAUUGUGUGUGUGUGUGCGUGUGUGUGUGAGUGCGUGUGUGUAUAGAUGGAAAACAUGUUAAUAAAUCAAACAGUUGUCAAAACA